AUGGAGAAGACAGAAUCCGACACGAGGAUUGAGAGGAAGGAGUCCGACGGUUCACUGGGCUCCGACCCUCAGAAGAAAGCUCUGCGCCAGGCGGGCGAGGGCGAGAAGGGCAAAAUUGUCCUCACCGAGGAUGACUGCUACGAAGCGCUCGGUUAUUGUUUCCCGACGUGGAAGAAGUGGACCAUUCUCACCGUCAUCUUCAUCGUGCAGUGUUCAAUGAACAUUAACACUUCUCUCUACUCAAACAAUUUGGAGAACAUCCAGGAGAAGUUUGGUGUCAGUGCUCAAGCUGCGCGAUGUGGUGCCAUGAUCUUCCUUAUCUUCUAUGCCUUCGGUUGCGAGCUUUGGGCGCCCUGGAGUGAAGAGCUCGGACGCAAGCCUGUUUUGCAGAUCUCCCUACUCUUCGUCAACAUCUGGCAGAUUCCUGCUGCGCUCACUCCCACAUUCAGCGGCCUGCUCGUCGCUCGCGCACUGGGCGGUCUGAGCUCCGCCGGUGGUUCUGUCACCCUCGGAAUGGUCGCCGAUUUGUUUGAGCCUGAUGACCAGCAGUACGCCGUUGCAUACAUCGUGCUUUCAUCCGUCGGCGGUUCCAUUUUGGGUCCUAUUGUCGGUGCCUUCACGGAGGCAUACCUCGGGUACAAAUGGAACUUCUGGAUCCAGCUUAUGUUCGGCGUCUUCACCCAGAUUUGUCACCUAUUCCUUGUCCCCGAGACCCGCGCUUCUGUUCUUGUCGACAAGGAGGCUCAGCGUCGCCGUAAGGCCGGAGAGACGAACGUUUACGGUCCCAAUGAAGUUACUCCAUACAGCGAACGGUUUGCGCUCAAGGAGGUGGUUUCCAUCUGGACCCGUCCCUUCCACAUGUUCGCGACCGAGCCCAUCGUUCUGUUCUUGUCCCUCCUCAGUGGUUUCUCGGACGCCUUGAUCUUCAUGUUCCUCCAGUCGUACUCUCUCGUAUACCAGGGCAUAUACGGCUUCGGAACCAUCGCCACCAACAUGGCCUUCCUUCCCAUCCUCGUUGGAUAUAUCAUCGCCUGGCUUUCGUUCAUGCCGUUCAUCCGCAAGAACCGCAGGGACCGCGCUGCGAAUCCGCACGACGAACGCGUGCAGUACGAAUCCCGUCUUUGGUGGCUCCUCUUUACGGCUCCUUGCUUGUGGAUCGGCCUCUUCGGCUUCGCGUGGACCACCCUUCCCAACGUCCACUGGAUUGCUUCCAUGGUUUUCACCGCCAUCAUUGGUAUUGCCAACUACUCUAUCUAUAUGGCCACCAUCGACUACAUGAUUUGCGCUUACGGCCCGUACUCCGCAUCCGCAACCGGCGGCAACGGUUUCUCCCGCGACUUCCUGGCUGGUGUUCUCACGCUCCCAGCCACGCCCUUCUUCCAGAACGUGUCGAAGACGCACGCCGUCAACUACGCUUGCACCAUCCUCGGGUGCAUUGCGUUCCUUGUCACAAUCCCCGUCUACAUCUUCUACUUCUAUGGCGAGUGGUUCCGCAAGCGUUCGCCGUUCGCCUGCUCGCUCGCCGACGCAGCGAAGGAGAACGAGAUGCGCCGUGUCGAGUCGAUUGCCCAGACUUCUGAGCGCCGGAGGAGCCGGGCAUAAAACAUCCUCACCUUCCUUUGUCUAUACCCUUUCAGCUUAAUACCCUCCGAAGCGGCGAGUAACAGUGCAGCAAGUGCAUUGGACACGCUCGGGGCAGGUUGUUUAUGUUAAUAGUCCCAUUCUUUCCAGACAGGUGUUAGAAACGGGUACAACACAACAAUUGCUUUCGGGUUACAUAUUUAUUUCGCAUAUAAUCGUGUUGUAGACAUACAAUAUGCUCUACUGUAGGGCAGUUCCCCGCUGAGACUGCGGUACCUCGUUAGCCUUGCUUCUCAAUGCAACGCGUGCGUUUAC